AUGACGUCGAUGUUCCGACGGGGCACGAUCUUUGCUACGUUCUUCCUGUCGUUAUUGGGUGGUGGACUAGUUUGUGCUGCUUUGGUGACGCAACACUGGGUCGAGGCACGACCGUUGAGAACCCCAAACCCCCAAGAAAGCGCUGGCAGAGUUCACUUCGGUCUUCUCCAAGGAAAGAAGGAGCUAAAUGUCGCGUAUGGCUGGAGGACCUAUCAUAUCUGUGGUAAGUUCUUCUAAUAAUACUUCGGUACUCUGUUAUGUAGUUAUAGGCGGAUUUUUAUACAUUUUUAUGUUCUUUUAGGAUAUGAACGGAGAAAUAGAAGUUGCAUUUUUGUGUAUAAAUGA